AUGUCGAGUAACCAGGACGUGACCCAAUGGGAUAUGAGGAACGGGAUAGACCCUAAUUUUACCACUUACCACGGCUGCGCAAAUUGUAAUUCUUGCUUCCCCGCGGCGGACGUGCUAUGCCCCUCCUUGAUCGACGCUACAAGCGCCUCGACAAACACCCCAAGUCUACAAGCCGGCGAUUACGGCUGGGGGGGUUUCUUUUCGGGUCAGAUAGCAGGAGACGAGACUCGACUAAUGUCGACUGUGCGGGAUGGGAUAGGGAGGAAGGAGCAAGGAGACGGCACCGCACACGGUUCACGGCCAAGUGGCCACGCGGAUAGUCUUGAAGCGCGAACAGCAAUGCAGGAAGCCGUUCCCCAAAUUAUAUCCGAGAUCGUACCGAAGGUUAUGGCCCAGAUCGAAGACCAAAUCCGAGAGAAAAUCAAAGAUCAAUUCGAAAUGCAGCUGGCCGAUCUUAACACAAGGAUGCAAGACGAUACCGCCCGCUUUAGCCAGGAAACCAACGAGAACAUUCAAAAACUAAAGGUCUGGUCGGAUCGCCUCGAAUUAUUUGUAACAAAGUUGUUAAGACAGCAGUAG